CUCUCCUCAAGUUGCAACACAACAUAAGCCUCCAACGCCUCUCAUGAAUGAAGCGCGUGAUUUCCUUCCACAGAAGGACAUUUGACACGCCGAAUCAAAAUGGCGUCCCAUCAACUCGCCAUCGCAAAGGCCUCUUUCUCUGCCGGUCUCCUACGGCCUGAUCCUACCUCCCUUGCGCGCAACGACAUUUCCAACUUCCAUUCCCUGCUGAACGAAACCGUCGUACAAUGCACCCCGAGAAACGUCCAGAAAUGCAAGCAAUGGAUAUUGGAGAACAUUGCUCAGUCUACAGCGAGGUUCACAGCAUUGGGGAAAUACUUGACGGCUUUGACGACUUCUUUCGUGGGAUCUGAUGGCCAAACGACCUCGAAGCGCGAGCCAUCAGUGAGGAGAAAGCGCAUGCACAUUCUUUACCUGGUCAACGAUAUCCUCUACCAUUCCAAAUACCGAAUCAACGAUGCAUCAAUCUGCGGGAAGGUACAGCCAAUAUUGGUGGGCUUAUUUGGAAGCGCUGCAUCAUUCAAGGCAUGUCCGAAGCAUCAGCGGAAAGUCCUGGACCUGCUAGACAUAUGGGACCAGCAGGGAUACUAUUCCAAAGACUACAUCGACAAACUUCGUGAAGCUGUGAAGAAUGCCGCAGAGGCGGGGGAGCAUGCGGACGGAAGUUCUACAGCAGCAGAAAGGGAUCAAGGGCUUACGACGAAGACUACCAGAUCUGCGCCAUAUGUUAUGCCAGCUGUGCAUGGAGAUCCAUCCACGCCAUGGUUCGAUUUACCUGCAGGAAACCUGAUGCCACAUAUCGUGCCCAACUCAACAAGACCUAUCAACCCGGAUAUGAUAAAGCCUUUGCAGUUUGUGGCAGGUCCGGCCGACGAGAAUUUGGUAGUGGCUGUGAAAGCUCUUCUGGAAGAUGUGCAGACCAUAUUUGGAGGUCAAACAGAUCAAGAGGAGAAAGCAUCGAUGGAUAUUGAUGAGCUCGGUCAGCCUAUCGUACUUGAUGAGAUUACCGGGGAAGUCAUCGAUGGCGAAGGGUACUAUGGCUGGUCCCGAUCAUUCUGUGAGAAGAUGAAAAGGCGGAAGAAGGGACUGGACGUUCCUGGGAAAGAUGAAGGUCGGGGAAGGAGUCGAAGCAGGAGUUCAACUCCGGGUACGAGGAAGAGACGAUAUAGCGACUCGGAUGAUGGAUCGAGCCCAGAAGACUACAAGUCUGCACGACGACGACGAUCUUACAGUUCUUCACGCUCUCCAUCGCCAGAUCAUGGACGGAAGAAUGGGAAUUCGGGGUCCGGGUCGAGGAGGUCAUACUCGAGGUCUCCCGGACGAUCGUCAAGUCCAAUACGGCCGGAAAGCUAUCCAAAAGACACUCGGCCUCCUCAGGGCUUACCACCAAGGCCCCAUAUGCCUUCCAUCCCCCCUCCGCCGUUUCAACAACCCUUCAAUCCAAACUUCCCACCGCCGCCCCCGCCCCAAUUCAACAGUCAAAAUCCACAAUUCGGAGCAUGGCCUCCUCCCCCUCCUCCGCCCCUACAAAACUUCAACGGACAAAAUCAACAACAGUAUGGUAAUUGGCCUCCACCGCCCCCUCCUCCUGGGAAUCCACCACCGAUGAACUACCAGCAGCAGCAAGGCAACUACCCACCCGCAUCCGGACCAGGAGGCUGGCAGCAAGGAAACGGAAGAGGCUACAACGGUAACUGGAACGGACCUCGCGGAAGGGGAAACUAUCGCGGCCGAGGCGGAGGAUGGUGAUUACAAUUUACCAACUCAAGCCUGUACAAUACUUGUAUGACGUGAGCUCACAGCUCAAGCUGAAUGAAUCUCACACCGACAACUUCGUCACAAGCCCUCAAAAUCCCAUCUAGCAAUGACUUCAUAAGCUGACUUUCAU